AUGGUGCGUUCACAACCGCCGGCUCUAGAAAUUUGUCGUCUUCUAUUUAAUUUUUGUUCAAAUUCUUGUGAUAGAUUAUCACAAUAUUCAGUAUUACCACCACUGAUGACUUUGCCAUGUCUUUCCAAUACAACUUAUCUUCGUACAUUGAGCAUUGGUAUUAAAACAUCACACUUUUUAGAACGUUUACUUGUUUGUAUACCACUUAUCGAAAAUCUCUCUGUUGGUGUACAUGAUUCAGAGAAGUAUGAGAAUGAUAAUUUUAGUAUAUUCAAAUUGCCUGCCGCUGUCAGUACUUAUCUUCUUCAUCGUUUAUCUCGUCUUUGUUUGAACUGUUUGAAUAACAGAAGUUUUCAUCGAACCGUUGCGCUUUUAUCAUCUGUAUUUGGUCAACUUACUCAUUUAUCAAUAAAAUUAGAAAUGUGA